AUGGACGUCGUCGCAGCAGUCUCCGGCUACAUCUCUAAGAUGGUAACGGCCGGAGAAUCAGGCAGCUCGUCGACGAAAAUGAAGAUCUUGCUUCUUGAUAGUGAGACAGUUUCUGUCGUGUCGACUGCCAUCACCCAGUCCGCCCUCCUCAAUCAUGAAGUGUAUCUUAUCGACAGACUGGACAACCAGGCGCGGGAGAAGAUGCGACAUCUACGUUGUCUAUGCUUUGUGCGACCGUCACCCGAUUCGAUCCAACUGCUUAUUGAGGAGCUUCGGGAGCCCAAGUAUGGCGAAUACUAUCUCUACUUCAGCAACAUCGUCCGUAAAUCCUCUCUUGAACGACUCGCGGAAGCGGAUGACCACGAGGUAGUGCGUGUUGUGCAGGAACAAUUUGCAGACUUCAUCGUGAUAAAUCCAGAUCUCUGUUCCCUCAAUCUGGGCUUCCCCAAACAGCGCCUUUGGGGCAAUACCCCCGACUUAUGGAAUGCGGAUGCUUUGCAGCGAACAACCGAAGGGGUCAUCGCAAUGUUGCUAGCUUUGAAAAAGAAUCCUUUGAUUCGAUACGAAAAGAACAGCUUAAUGGCCAAGAAGCUUGCUACGGAAGUCCGUUACGUGCUGACCCAGGAGGAGCAAUUGUUCGACUUCCGGAAGAUGGACACCCCGCCGAUCCUCCUUAUUCUAGACCGUCGCGAUGAUCCAAUUACCCCGCUGCUCACUCAAUGGACAUACCAGGCGAUGGUGCAUGAACUGAUAGGAAUCAACAAUGGAAGAGUUGAUCUCAGUGACGUUCCCGAUAUUCGGCCAGAGCUGAAAGAGAUCGUACUCUCUCAGGACCAGGAUCCAUUCUUUAAAACAAAUAUGUAUCAGAAUUUCGGUGAUCUCGGGCAGAACAUUAAGGAAUACGUUGAGCAGUAUCAAGUGAAGACGAAGAGUAGCAUGAACAUCGAUUCGAUUGCGGACAUGAAGCGUUUCGUCGAAGACUACCCAGAGUUUCGCAAGCUCUCCGGCAACGUCAGCAAACAUGUCACUUUGGUGAGCGAACUUAGCCGCAGAGUUGGCGAGGAUAAUCUUCUCGAUGUGAGUGAGUUGGAGCAAAGCCUAGCCUGUAACGAUAGUCAUAACAACGAUCUUAAGGCUCUGCAACGCAUUAUCCAACUGGAGAAUGUGCCCGCGGAGAGCAAGCUCCGCCUGGUAGCUUUAUAUGCUAUACGUUACGAGAAGCACCCAUCCAAUGCUAUUCCUAUCCUGCUUGACCUACUAGUCACUGCGGGCAAUGUCCCAUCGCAAAGAGUCAGCAUGAUCCCCAAGUUGCUCGCCUAUCAUCACUCUCUUCAAGCCCCUCCUGUGGCAGGUGGCUUCUCAGAUCUCUUUGAAUCUACUUCGUUUUUCUCCGGGGCUCGGGACCGCUUCAAGGGUCUCAAGGGCGUUGAGAAUGUGUAUACCCAGCACUCACCAAGACUGGAAGCUACGCUGCAGAACUUGAUCAAGGGCAGGUUGAAGGAGCUCCAAUAUCCUUUCCUUGAAGGUGGCGGUCACACCAGGGAUAAGCCACAGGAUAUCAUCGUCUUCAUAGUUGGAGGUGCAACGUAUGAGGAAGCCAAGAUGGUCGCUCAAGUAAACGCGAGUUCUCCUGGCGUGCGUGUUGUUCUCGCUGCCACGACAGUCCAUAACAGUAGUACCUUCUUGGAAGAGGUUGACGAUGCUGUGAACAGCUGGCCGGAACCUGCUCCUUCAUCGGCUGCUGGACGGCUGCGGAGGGAGAUUGGGCGUUAA